GGUGUGUUAUAUAAUAGGGAUUCGGGCUCCUCCAUCUUUUUCGGGUCCUCGCUCCUCCGGUGUCUCCGCUCCGAACCUCCGCCGCAGACAUGUCCAACCCCAAAGUCUUCUUCGACGUCACCGCCGGCGGCUCUCCCAUCGGCCGGAUCGUGAUGGAGCUCCGUAAAGACGUCGUGCCCAAGACGGCUGAGAACUUCCGCGCCCUGUGCACUAAUGAGAAGGGCUUCGGCUACAAGGGCUGCGUCUUCCACCGCGUCAUCACCGACUUCAUGUGCCAGGGUGGUGACUUCACCAACCACAACGGAACUGGUGGAAAGUCCAUCUAUGGCAACAAGUUUGCUGAUGAGAACUUCACCCUGAAACACACCGGCCCUGGAAUCCUGUCCAUGGCCAACGCCGGCGCCAACACCAAUGGAUCCCAGUUCUUCAUCUGCACAGUGAAAACCACAUGGCUGGAUGGGAAGCACGUGGUGUUCGGCAGCGUGGUGGAAGGAUUAGAUGUGGUGAGGAAGAUGGAGACGUUUGGAUCCUCGAGCGGCAAAACCUCCGUCAAGCUGGCCAUCUCUGACUGUGGGGAGCUCUGAGCACUUCACCCCCUGCUCGUCCUGUAGCCACACCCCUUUAGCCCCUCCCCUCCCAUUCAACAUUCCUAUUGAUGGAGAACCCCCCCCAUGUUCUGUUGGUGUUGAAAUCAAGUUGCUGCAUUUGUGACUUUGCCUUUGAAAGAUUCUUUUGCAUUGAUCAUUUUUUCCACAAAGUCCCAACGGUUUGAUUUUUUUGUUUAGUCAAAAAAUGAGAGAAAAUAAAAGAUGCCUUGACAAUGAAA